UAUUUAUUCUGUGUGGUAACCCCAUAAAACACCUUUGGGCGACAGCGUAGGAAACGUAAUAAAUCGGUGUCUCCUAGGAAAUAUUAUUGAUAUUUUAUGGAAUUGAAUAAAAAUCUGAAGAUGAAGAGAUUUGGUGCGACCCCCAAGUACUAAGUCAAUGAAAAUAGUGUUCGCGAGUAUGCAGAUACGUAAAAAAAUGGUCACAAGUGUAAAUAUGUGUCGAAGCUGCCUCGGCUAUGGAUGCUAAGGACUUGAGGACCGAAGCUGCUUUGGGUGAUCGCAGCAACGAUGGCAAUACAAAGUACGCUCAAAGUACAGGCACUUUAUCGUGUCACAGAAAUAAAACCUAUCAAGAUAUUGGAUCGAACUCAUUGGGUAAAGUGGAUGCACCGAAUGCGCGACCGUGCGCCGUCAUAGGCCCCGACAGGGUGGUACCGCCGCCCGCCUCCACUGACGCCUAUGUAAAGAAAGGUCCAACCGAACCAUGGCUCGCACCGGAGAACACCUACCGUCGCCCUCCCGAAUAUCCUCACAAAGUACUGGACUAUCAGCACCCAACAAGAAACAUAUCACCGAGACAAACAUUCCAAGAAAACAUGCAGCGCAUAAUGGUGCCUCCCUCAUACAAUUCUGUGAAAAUGAAAGACGAUCUUAACUUUUCGGAAGUAAAUAUAACUCAAAUGAGAAAUACCAAGUUAAAUGUGCCCACGGACUCUACUGCAAAGUACUGUGAUGUGCCUUAUAAUGUUAAUCCUAUGAUAAAUGAACAAAAAAAUGUUAGGAACUCUGACAUUAGUGUGUCUAACAUGAAUAAUGUGCUUACACGCAGUGUUCCCCAUGCUCCACAUGGCUGGCCCCCGGCAAAUGCUAAUGUCAGGGCAUCUAAACCAUUUCCUCAAGAAGUGUAUCAGUAUCCAGAGUAUCCCAGUUGUGCUGGUCCCCGACCAGUGCUAAUGAGCAGACCCCACCGGACACUUCAUGAAGAACCUGCUGCUGUGUAUUCAGAUGCAUACUACCACGAUGGAAAUAUCCGCUUCAAGCCGUACCCACCAGUCAAGGAGCGAUAUCCACAGUCGAGGUAUGAAUAUAUUGGUAAUUAUGCAAACCCAUAUCAUCCACCACCACCUUUCCCUGCUCAUAAGUAUGAUUUACAGAAACCAAUGCCUGGUCAUCCUUAUCCUGGCUACUCUCAAGUUCCUCUCAAAUACUUAGAUGGUAGAAUGGCUGAGCCCAUUAUGAAUGGGUAUCAGAGACCACUAAAUCCUCAAGGUAGUUACAAUAAUUUACCAUUCCGUAAUCAAGUGAUUCAUCCAACAUAUGGCCCCAUUCCAGGUAAUUGUUUACCAUCCAAUAAAUUUUAUCCUUACCCUCCUGAUGGUUCUAAGACAAUAGCAGCAAACAAGUUACCUUAUGAUGCUAACAGUAAAGUCUAUACAGAGUUUGAUAAUACCCGAAACAAAAGUUAUCCUAUGCAUGAUGGAUUUUAUGUGAAUGAAAUACCCAGAACUCAUUCGAUGAAAGGACAGGUACUUCCACCUAACUAUCCAACCAAUGUACACGCAAUGCCCCAACACGCAUAUUACAGGAAAGACAAUAUACUAAUUAAAGGUUAUGAGUAUAAUUCUCAUUACAGAAACAUUGAUCCGAAUUUAAAUGUAAAUGGUAAUCCUCUGUUAAGAUUCUCAACAGAAUUCUCGUCUAAUGCUAUAGCAAUGUCUCCUUCCGACUCAAAUACUAGUAAUGAUACUAGUCAAACCCAUGGAACAUCUCAGGAAGACUGUGGGUAUGUGAGCCAAUCUUCUACAGCGAGUGUAAGGAGUAUGGAUUCUAACAUUAGCAGAAUGCACCACGAUGUUUACAGAAGAUACGACCAACGGUAUGGACCUUUAAUGAAAUCAUCACCAUUACUGCCAAAACAUGAUCGAAAUUCUCAUGUAUAUAAUAAUUCAAAAGAGAAAAAAGAUAUUGAUGUUAGACAAUUUUUGCAAAUGUGGAAUGAAGGAGAGGAUGAAGGUAGUGAGAAUGCAAAAGAAGUUAUUAUCAAAACAAAUAAUACCAAUAAUAACGCUAAUCACUAUGAAAACAAUAAUCAAGAACAACUUUAUGUUCUGGGAUUAGUUAACGUCCCAAGUGAAGAGCUUGGCAAAUAUGAACACAUACAGAAAGUUUCUAAACUACCUGAGAAUAUAAAAGGAUAUAGUAGCAUUGAGUUACUUCAUCAAUUUGAAGAAGUAAUAGAAUCUUCAAAUUUGAAUAAUUAUAAUGCUAAACCACCUACAUCACGGGAGUUUCGCGGUCCAGUAAAAGGGAAUAUGCCUAUGCAUAGUAUAGCGAUACCACCUCGGCCCAUUUCACCUUUGGAUGUAGAAGCAAAAAUAAGUCAGUCGGUUAUUCAUAAAGAAGUUGGGUGCAAUUUUGAAAUAAAACCGUGCAGUCCAAAGAUGCUUAACGUUGAAGUAGCAACUCCUGUUCAAAAUGUUCUAGCUGAAAGAGCAAUAGAAAAAGUUUCAAAUCCCCUUAUUAUAAACUCCCCACUUUUACCAACCCUUGAAGAAAAUGGCAAUAACUGCAAUGUUAUUAAAUGCCAGGAUCGAACUUCUGUAAAUGAGACUUCAAAAGUUGCAAGCUGCAAAAUGGUUAAUACUCAGUAUUCCCACAGUGAUCUUAAUGAUUCUGUAAAAACUAAUUACAGUUUACAAGACUUGGAAAGCAAUUCAGGCGUAUGUUUAGCUUCUUUGCCCAGACUCGAUAAUGAUAUUGAGUUAAAUUUCCCUGAAGUCAACCAACAAUUUAUCAAUGCAAACAAAGUGGAGUCUGUUAUCACCGCUGCUCCGUUAAAAGAUUUGCUGCCCUUGGAUAUUGAUCAAUCUGACACGACGAAGGGCGACGGCAUAGAAAGCGAAAUCGGUAGUUCUAUAAAUGUCUCUGUAGAGAAAGAUUUUUCAAAGUUAAGCAAGUAUAGAAAACUCAAAAGAAAAGGUACAGAAGCUAACACAUCAGAAACAAAUGUUCAAGCUUUGAGAACAGACAGCGUUAUUAUAAAAAACCCAGAUAAUAAUAAGAGCAUGGAACAAAGUGUGGAGAAAACGACUCUGUCUAAGAAUAAGCCAGCUAAUGCGCAAGAUGAUCCAAUUAAUUUAUCCGUUAAUACAGAAAAUCGUGGUAAUACAAAUAAAUCUGAUUUUGAAACUAAGAAACUUCAAGUCGGUAAAUCAAAUGAUUUUGCAAUCGAUUUCAGUUUAAAUUCAAACGAACAUAUUGAGAGUAAAAGUAACAUCCAGGUUUCAGAAAACAAUACGAAUAUAAAAUCGAAUUAUCCUGACGAUAAACCAUUUAACUUGCAAUUUGAAGAAUAUUCACCAAAAAAUAAAAAAACUAACUUUUGUGAAGACAUUUGCAGUAUUUUUCAACAUCCUGAUGAUAUCACAAAAUAUGAUGAGAACCAACAGAAUUUUGAAAGUAAUGACAUAACAAAUAAUAAAGAUUCCUUUGAUGUCCCAAAUUUAGAUGUUACAGAAACAAUUAAAGAAUCGUUAGACAUAGAAAUGUCAGAUUCGAAAUCCGAUCAUGGAGCUAUCCACCACUUGCAAAAUGAAGAGAAAACAAACGAAACUUCAAUACGUUCCGGUACGCCGGAAAGAGAAAAUAAUGAAAUAAAUCAAGUUGAUACAAUUUUUGAAGAGGAUCCGGAGCCAGCACUGAACUUCAAUUUGGCUCCAAAUAUUCAGUAUACAACCAAUGAUGGCAGUAAUAAUUGUAAUACAAAUAUAGACAAAUCGUGUACUCUUUUUGAUAGCUCAUUUGCACACGUAGAAGCACAGUUGACUUCAAAAGACGAGAAUAGGAAUAGUCGCACAAAUGAUACAAAAAUAUUGGAAAAAACUGACGAGCCAGCCAAAAAUUCUGCAUUAGAUGCGGACAUAAUGCCAGAACAACAAGUUGUGGAAAUAUUACCAGGACAACAACAAGAUGAAAAGAUACGUGAAAAAACACCCUGCAAUGCGGAUAUAUUUAAUGAAACCCUUUCAAAUCAUGCUCGUUUACGUCAUUCUAAUACAAAAUACCAUAUUCAUAAGGAAUUAUGGUGCCCUUUUAUUCAAAAACUAAUAAUGAAAAACGAAGGAUUAUGUACGUCACCUACAAAUAAUUUUCAUAAUUUAGACGAAACAGAAAUGGGGAAAAUUUCCGUUUCGAGAACAUCUAAUGACAAUGAAAGCAGGAAAUCUAUAGACAAAGAGUCUUAUUGCGAUUUAUCUUUCGAGGCAGUCUCUGAACAAACUGAAGAUGUUAGUUUGGUUGAUAAAACUUCACAUAAUUUAAACAACGCUCCUUGCAAUGUGUCUGAAACAGAUGCUGGUGUUUUGAGCCCCUUGUCAUUGGAUGAAGAAAGUGUGACUGACUCAGAAAAUAGUAAACAAUCGGAUAUGUCUAUUUAUGAUACUGAAAAAAAGACGUCUGUGACUAGAACAGAUAUUAGUACAGAGAGUAACAUCAAGAAUAAGCACGCAAACAGAUUUAGUAGUGAAAGUAUUGAUUCGCAUGCUAAUAUAGAAACAGAUACCGAUUCCAUAGACAUCAAAACAAUAAUGUCGGAUAACUUAUUGCCACAUUCUUGUCUAGAUACCGAAAUUCUCGACAGUUCUAUAGGGGAAGCAAAAGUCGAACGUAUUGUAAAUAUAACGAAAAUUGAAGAGAAAGCGUGUCAACAUGUUAAUAAUGAUUGUCAUUUUGCAAAGGAUAGAGUAAGUCUGCAAGUCAAUGCGUUUACUGACAAUUUAGACGAAAAGAAACUAGAACAGAAAACAGAAAUGACAUACAUGGAACCGAUUUCUAGUAUAUCGAAAACUCAAGAUGUUUCUCCUGUACACGAACCUCUUUUUGGCGAUAUACCAGACAAAUCAUUACAAUUUAAAGAGAUAGGAGAAACGCAGCCUUUAUCCGACCAUUUAAACAGUCUUCAACAUGAUACACUUACAGAAACAGUAAAUGAUGAUCACGAAGAAUUGACAGAACAAAGUAAUGAUCUAUCGUCACAACCUAAUUCGCCUUCAAGUUCUUUAGGAAAUAGUGUAUUACAGGAGCACCUUAAUGAGUUAAGCUACGAUAACUCCGCCUCAAAUGCUUUUUUCCCAAAAAAAAUACAUUGCCCUCUAACACUUACAAAUGAAUGUCGUGGAGAAUAUAUUGAAGACAUGAUUUCUCCUGACGAUUGCGCUCUUCCUGAAGCUAAUGUUGUUAAAAUACGUCGCGAGAACGUUGAAAUAGACUACAUAGAAAAUCCACAUUGUGAUGAUAACAAAAUUGCGAAUAAUAAUGAUCAUUUAAGUGAAUUGACGACAGAGAAGAUAUCUAUAAGUACAGAUUUUGAAAAUCUGAAUCAAUUUGUGUCCGACGUCGACACGGAUAUAAUUGAUGAGGCUAUUCCACAGUCAACGCACAAUAAAAGUCGUAUUAACGCUGUGGCUAGUACAGAUAAUAUAUUUGACUUAGACACUUUGCAAGAUAGCACCGUUGAAAUGUCACAUAACCAAACCAUCAUAUGUGAACAACAGUUUAAAGAAAGUACUAAGUUAGAUAAAAUACCACCAUAUGAUUCAAAUAAAGUUUUGCGGUGCAGGCCUAGUUAUUCAAGCAAUAAGCUGAAAUCGUUAAAACGAUCUCUGUCAGACUCUGCUUUAGAUGAAAUUCGUGACCAUACCAAAGAUGAUACAGAGAGUGCUGCUUUAUUAUUGCCUGCCUAUAAAAGGAAAAAGUAUGUUGAACCUAAAAGUUACGUAGAUCCUCAACUUAUUUCAGAAAGUUACUGUGCCCAAAGUAAUAGAAGAAAUUCUAUUUCAAUAAUUCAAAAUGACGACAAUGUGUCUUUUUGUAUAUUAAUCGACGAUAAUUGUAUCAUAACAGAAGAGAGCGAAGAAACGGCAAAAAUUUGCUUCACUGAAAUUCCUGAGGAUUGUUUAACCUGCGUGGAUGAUGUGUCUAUAAAUGAAGAAGGAGACUCUAGAUCGGAACUUAAAACACAGCAAGAAGAAUUUAAUUACGAAGAAUCUACGCCACUAGAUGAUCAUUUUUCACAAGAAGAGAAAUCUCUUGAAGAACCAUGGGUAGACGACAUUGCGUGUGUAGAAACAGUUGUAAGUGACGACAUUGCAGAAAAUAUUGUCAUAAGCGCGUCUACCUCGCCGAAAGAUACCGACUUGUCAGAUGGUGACUAUGAGGAUGAAACAGAAUAUUAUAAUAUGAACGAACAUACGGAUAAACUAAAAUACAUAUAUGGUGAUAAAAUGUGCAAUGAUGAUGCGCAAUUUGUUGAAACUUUGUACCGAACGCCACAAAUGAAUGUUAAUAGAACACUCAUAAAUAGAGAAUCUCACAAUAUUGAAGAUUGCAGUAGAUAUUAUGACAAAGAGUCGCUGGAAAGAGUGCUUUCAGAGUCCAAUACCCAUGAAGAACCAGCUGGUAUCGUUGAUGACGUAGAGCCCUAUGUAGAUAAUGCCAGCUCCGUGGAUAUUAAACAGUCACCAGAUAAUAAAGAAAAUCUUAAUUUAGCAAGCUUUAAUAUUUACUCGAUGGAAACACUGAAUGAUUAUCAUGAAAAUAACGUUAACACUGUUUCUAACUUAGACAUGUACGAGAUUAAAGACGGGCAAAAUAAUUUAAAAAAUCACAAAGAACCAAAAGAAAAUGUUGUAAGCCCGUGUGAAUCUAGCAUCGACAAUGUUUUUACCUACAAAAAUUGCACAGAAAGCGCAAAAUGUACAAUUUCUAGUUCUCCUGAAGUAUCAUCAACCACGUCUGAAGAUAAAAGUUCUGGAAUUUUGUUAAAAAUAACCAAUUUUGGUGGGUCUAGAAUAUCGCAAGUCAAUGAUGUUAAAGUUAAUCCGGGGAAUAAAAUAAGCUGUAAAUAUACAGAAAAAAAGGACUACCUGAGUACUAAUAGUAAUUUACCUACCAGAACGUUACUUACUAAGGCCGCUCAGAAAUAUAUACCUCCUAUAAAGGAGAGUAUACCUGACUUAAAAGUGAAGUUAGCCUUACCACAACAUAGUUUGAUAAAACUAAAACAAUUAAAAUUAGCCAAAGAAUCACCAAAACAAAAUGUAGGUAAGCCUAAUAACGUGUUUAGAAAGGAUGUUCCAAAGAAACUCAAACCAAAAUUUGAAGAUGUUCUUAAAAGUAUAGACGAAAUUCAGUUUCAAAUGCAUAAAGAAAAAACAAAGAAAAUAAAAAAGUCCAUACCAAAGGUGGUCAUUAAAAAAAGUGAAAACGGUUCGCAUUACGCUAGCACGUCGAAUAAGGAUAAAUUCAAUCCGGACUUGACUGGGUGUAAAUGGCAACCGUGGGUAUUUAUAGAAAAAAGUCCAUUUAUAGAUAAAAUGGCUUUAAAAAAUAAGACUCGGGCUGUUUUUAGUCAUAGGAAAAAUAUAUAUGUUUUGGCUGAAAAAUUCCAAAAAUAUAAAUCUGUGGGUAGUGGUAAAUUUAUAAUAUCGCAACCAAAGCUUAAUGAUUCGUCGUCGGGACAACUUAAAUACACAAUAAGAUUAAAACACAGUUACUGAGGUAAUUUGUCUGAUGCUCAAUGAACGCAUACAUAGGUUGCGUUAGCUAUUAUUAUGUGGAUCCCACCCAAUAGCGUCGUGUCGUAUUACAUUCCUACUAUUCCAUAGUAGACUUUAUUUAGUAGUUUAGUUACCCAUAUUAGUUCAUUAUCUAGUAGUUUAUAUGUAAAUUAUAGCCAAAUUCUGUACUACAUGUGAUAUGGAAAAACAAAGACAAAAAUCUAGAUUUAUUGAUUAAAAAAAGUGCAAUUUGAUCUGAUAUAUUUUUUGUUACGAAGAUUUAAAGUUUAUUAAAAUUGUUUUUCCUACUUUCAUUCCAUUUCCAAAUAGUAGGUAUAUUGUCCUUAUUUUAUAAAAAUUGCACUUUAGCACUAUAGCCAUAACAAGUAUUAGUUUUAUUUAUAUUAAGCACGAAAAUAGUAAUAUUUAUACAUGUAAUUGAUAAGUUUUUUUAAGUUGUUAGCAUAACUAAAAUAGAAUUUAUUCUACUCAUAAAUGUUACAUGGGAAAAUAUAUGGAGGGAUAUAAAGGCAUCCAACAUUGGUGAUGCGGUGCUUUUUUAGAUGAGAAAAAACUAUGUAUUUAAAAUAAAUAGAUAAGUAUAAAGAUAAUUUUUAUUGAUGCGUUAUAUGUAUAUUAUGUACCAUUUUUAUUGUUAUAGAUUUAAAGGAAAUAUUGUAUAUUUAAUAAGAUUAUAUUCACGGUCAGUUGCAUUCACGAUUGACCGUUGAUUGCUCACGUAAAUUGUAGGCACAUAAUAUACGAGUUUUUUUUUUAUUAAUAAUUUAUAUUUAUAAACGAAAAAAUAUGUAAUAGGUUGAAGUACAAAGUUGCACAUAGUUUAUAAUAAAUAUUGUGUGAUUUGUGUAUAAUGUCCAAAACUAGCAGUUAUAUUCAUACAAUAAUUAAUUAUCAGCCUCUUUCAGGGCUUGAAAGACAAAGAUUUUUGUUUUUGUAAUGAUAUUACAGUGAAACGACGUAGUAUAGGUAAUAAAAUUAUAGCGUGAAAUAACCAAAGCCAAUACUCAGAAAUAACAGAUUGAAAAAAUAUUACUCAAUGUUGUUUUUGCAAAAUACUGUCUAAUUCUAAUAUGCUUCUUCAUAUAAUUAUUGAGUGUAAAUCUUCGCUUAUAACAUCAUUAUACAAUACGACCCAUGGCGCUCUAUUUAAAUUAUCUUGUUUCGUAUAUCACCUGAGUGGGUCUGUAAGUAAAUUUAAAUGAACAUUUUACGAAAUAGAUAUAGAAUUAGUCCUGCACACUGAUCGAGUGCCUUUUGUGGAGCUUAUGUUAAUAUCACACAUAUUAUACCUACUUUCAACAUACAUAAAUCGUCAUCUUGGAAAGUAAGUAUAUAAGAAAGUAUAUAUACUACUGAUCUCACGUAUGUACGAGGCACAUGCCAUUCAUAUUUGCCUGAUAGUGCCUAGACCAUGGUAACAUUAUAAAUACGCUAUUUUUAUAUCAUGUACAGGGUGUAUGAAAUAAACCAAAUAUGUGCUUUUAAAACAUACAUAUUUUAGCAAGUUGCCUUUGUAGUUAGCUGUUAGAAAUAAGUUAUACCUAUUAUUAUUGAUGUUUUUAAAUGUUGAGUGAUGAGCUGGCAUAUAUUUAUUAAAGAUAACUCUACCGUAAUAAUGUUAACUUGUAAAUUAUGAAAUAUACUAAGUUAAGGAGUGUAUUUAGUCCUCCAGGGAUUUAAAGUGUACAAAGGUAAAUCAUUUUUUUAAAGUCGUCCGAUUUGUGAAGGGCUUGUUCUAAAAAUAAUUUGAGGCUGAACUUCUACAUUCAUGUAAAUGAAUACCUACUAUGUUCUAUUGACUGAGAUUUCGUUUUUCAUUUCCUAAUCGAUUUGUCUUGAAUGUUUUAUGAUUGUUUUCUUUGCUAUUAUUUUUUUUUUAAUUUAUAAAAGUAUGUUUGUUAUGCACUAUUGAGUGGAUUUGUUUUAUUUUCCUGCACAUUAUUGGCCAUUAUUAUGUGAUUGGAAGAAUAUAUGUAUAUAUACUAUGUUUGAUGCACUAAUAUUGUUAAGGGUUAUGGCGUUAUUUAAGUUAUGUUAAGACAUUGUUUUGUCGUUUAAUAUUGAUGCAUAUCUUUAUGCCAGUAAACGCAGGUGAUAGUGUUUCGUGAUAGAUGUAACGUGCCGCGCAUGCUCUACAGUGCUGAGUGGAGACUGAACCGUAGCGCAUGAGUGGUAACAAACCGUGUAUUUAUUGUUAAUGGGUAUUUUAUGUUUCGAGUGGUACCUAGUUUUGAGAAUUGUUCUAAAAUUGACCAAAUAAAUGUGUUCCAAAUAAAAUGCAUUAUUUUUGUUUA